AAUAACUUAUAAACACUUUAAUGUGGACACUGAAAUAGUUUAGGCGCAAAAUGGGGUGUUCGUGUUGUACCAUCAAAGUAUUACUAGUUUGUGUAGUAAUCAGUGUAGCCCUUUUGAUAGUGUCCCUAGCGCUAGCUUUUAAGGUAUUUCCCGACCUCCUGGAAUCUGAAGUAAAUAAGGCUGUUAGGCUCGAGGAUGGCACUAAACAGUAUGACAGAUUUGUUGAACUACCGUUUCCAGUUGACUUCAAAGUGUACCUCUUUAACGUCUCAAACCCCCAACAAGUUCUAGAUGGAACUGAAAAACCUAAACUCGAGGAAAUUGGACCCUUUGUGUACAAGCAAUACAGGAAAAAGACAAUACUGGGCAAAAAUGAAGAAGAAGACACAAUUUCAUACACACAAAAGGAAACUUUCGAAUUUGACGCCGAGGCAUCUAAACCGCUAACAGAAGAGUCAGUUGUAACGGUUUUGAAUCCCGCAUUGAUGUCAAUUUAUCAAUUGGCGGAGGAUCUUCACUUGGCCGGGGCCGCAGACACUUGCAUCAAGCAAACAUUUGAGAACAACCAAGGCAAAGUUUUUAUAGAAGCAAACGUGCGAAAACUGCUGUUUGACGGCUUUAGUUUCUGCAAGAACACUUCGCCUGGAAUAUGUGGCCUUGUAAACGACCUAAUUUGUGCGAUUGCAGCGACGAAAAGAAAUUCGGACCUUGUCUUGCCCGACUAUUCUUUGAUAUUUUCCUAUUUGAACUACAAACGAAAGCCGGAUGAUGGCAAAUAUACCGUGAAGAGAGGUCUCACCAACAUUGAAAAACUGGGACAUAUUGUGGCAUGGAAUGACAGUUUGUAUACGAAAUUUUGGGGGGAAGGCACCACCUGCAGUGAAGUUAAAGGGACCGAUUCGACCCUUUAUCCCCCUAGGGUUACAACAGAUAGUGCAUUUUACAUCUAUUCGACGGACAUCUGCAGGUUUGUGAAAAUCAAUUACAAAGGAGAAGAGAGUUACAAAGGCAUCGAUGGCUAUUUAUUUGAAACCAGUGAGGACACUUUGCGAAGCUCCGCCCCUGAGGAAGACUGCUAUUGCAGUAAAUUGAGCAGAGACAUGGAAGGCAAAAAGAGUUGUUUCUUGGAUGGAGUAAUAGACAUGCAAACUUGUUUCGGAGUGCCAGUUCUUUUCUCAUUCCCACACUUCUUGUGGGCCGAUAACAAGUACUUAAGUGCAGUGGAAGGACUAAACCCUGUCGAGGAAAAACACAAAACGUAUCUCGUUGUCGAGCCAAAUACUGGAACUCCUCUGAAAGGAAUGAAAAGGAUUCAACUGAAUGGAGUCAUUAGGCCGAUUGUUGGAAUAAAAUCAAUGUUGCAAACCAAGCGAGCUUUAUUGCCGCUUUUGUGGAUAGAAGAAGGAGUGUCUCUGCCCCAAAAAUACGUCGAUGAACUAAAAUCGAGCUACUUUGACAAGGUUCAGAUAGUCGAUGGUGUUAGAUACGCUCUUAUAGUAAUAUCAGCCAUAUUGGUUGGUGCUUUUGGAAUUAUUAUUUUACGAAAACGUUCACACGCUAAACACCAUGUAUAAUAAUAGGUGGACACAAAUUAAUAUUAUAUAUUUGUGUUGUAAAUACAAUCUUACCCAGUA